AGAGUGAGAGAAAGCGCUGGCAUCUAUUCCUCUCAGCUUUAUCAUCAUCUCUCUGUAACCGUCAAAAGAGCAGGCACAUGGCCUCCGGGUUCACUAGACCAUAGUCACCUCUCUCUCUCUCUCUCUCUCUCCACUCUCCAUCACAUUUUUCUCGCUCCUCGCCUUCUCCAAUGCGAGAAACUAACAGACAUUCGCCGUCCUCGGCGGCGGCGGCAAUCGCCGCCACAGCUCUGUUCCUCCUCCUGCUUCCGGCGGCGGAAUGCGGCGUGACUUACGACCGGAAGGCCAUUAUCAUCAACGGGCAGCGAAGAAUCCUCAUUUCCGGCUCCAUUCACUACCCGAGAAGCACACCAGAAAUGUGGGAAGGACUCAUCCAGAAGGCAAAGGAUGGAGGGCUCGACGUUAUCCAGACCUAUGUAUUCUGGAACGGCCAUGAACCUUCUCCUGGAAAGUAUAAUUUUGAGGGGAGAUACGAUUUGGUGAGGUUUAUUAAGACAGUGCAGAAGGCUGGGCUCUAUUUGCAUCUCAGAAUCGGACCAUACAUUUGCGGAGAGUGGAAUUUUGGAGGAUUUCCUGUUUGGUUGAAGUAUGUACCUGGAAUCAGCUUCAGGACAGACAAUGAGCCUUUCAAGAAUGCGAUGCGCGGUUUUACUCAGAAAAUUGUAGAGAUGAUGAAGAGCGAGUCAUUGUUCGAGUCACAGGGCGGCCCAAUUAUCCUCUCACAGAUUGAGAAUGAGUAUGGACCUGAAGGAAAGGCUUUUGGUUCCGCCGGUCGUGCUUAUAUCGAUUGGGCAGCAAGCAUGGCUGUCGGAAUGGAUACAGGCGUCCCAUGGGUGAUGUGCAAAGAGGAUGAUGCUCCUGAUCCUGUGAUAAAUGCAUGUAAUGGAUUCUAUUGCGAUGCUUUCAGCCCCAAUAAGCCUUACAAACCCAUGAUGUGGACUGAAGCUUGGAGUGGUUGGUUCACCGAAUUCGGAGGACCGGUUCACCGGCGGCCUGUAGAAGACUUGGCAUUUGCCGUGGCACGCUUUGUACAGAAAGGUGGCUCCUUUAUUAAUUACUACAUGUAUCAUGGAGGAACGAACUUUGGGCGUACGGCUGGAGGUCCUUUUAUCACAACCAGCUAUGAUUAUGAUGCUCCCAUAGAUGAAUUUGGGUCAACCCGGGAACCAAAGCACGGUCACCUAAGAGAACUCCAUAGAGCCAUCAAGUUAUGUGAAACCGCUUUAGUUUCAGCUGAUCCCACUGUGCUAUCUUUAGGGUCAUAUCAACAGGCGCAUGUUUUCAAUCACCAAUCAGGAAGUUGUGCAGCUUUUCUAGCAAACUACAAUCCUAAUUCCUAUGCAAGGGUUUUGUUCAACAACGCUCACUACAAUCUGCCACCUUGGUCGAUUAGCAUCCUUCCUGAUUGCCGAAAUGUGGUUUUCAACACCGCAAAAGUUGGUGUUCAAACAUCACAAAUGCAAAUGGUAAGCUCCAGUAAUGAGCAGCUCAUGUGGGAAAGGUAUGAUGAGGAGGUUGCUUCAAUGGCAGAUAAUUCACUUCUAACGACCACUGGUCUAUUAGAGCAAAUAAAUGUGACCAGAGACACUAGUGAUUAUCUAUGGUACAUUACAAGUGUGGAUGUGAAUCCGAACGAACGGUUUCUAAGCGGUGGUCAGCCUCCGGCUAUCAUUGUACAAUCUGCUGGUCAUGCAUUGCAUGUUUUUGUAAAUGGGAAGUUGUCAGGCUCCGCUUAUGGGACCAAGGAAAAUAGAAGAAUUACAUAUAAUGGCAAUGUUAAUAAUCUUCAUGGUGGUUCUAAUAGAAUUGCACUUCUAAGUGUGGCUGUGGGUCUACCGAAUGUUGGAACACAUUUCGAGUCAUGGAACACCGGCGUAUUAGGGCCUGUUGCUCUGCAUGGACUCGAUGAAGGAAGAAGAGAUUUAACUUGGCAGCAAUGGUCCUAUCAGGUUGGUCUUAAAGGGGAGAUAAUGAAUUUGAACUCUCUUGAAGGCAUUUCUUCCGUCGAAUGGAUGCAAGGCGCUUUUGCCGGUCAAGCACAGCAGCCUUUGACAUGGUUCAAAGCGUAUUUUGAUGCACCUGGUGGACAAGAGCCAUUGGCUUUGGAUAUGAAAAGUAUGGGUAAGGGACAGAUUUGGAUAAAUGGAGAAAGCAUUGGAAGAUACUGGACUGUUUAUGCGAAUGGAGAUUGUAGGGAAUGUAGUUAUACUGGAACAUACCGAUCGCCGAAGUGUCAAGCUGGCUGUGGCGAGCCAACCCAACGCUGGUAUCACGUACCGCGAUCAUGGCUACAACCAACCCGAAACCUUUUAGUAGUAUUCGAAGAGUUGGGAGGGGAUGCAUCAAAGAUUUCUCUCGUCAAGCAAUCAGUCUCAAGCGUUUGUGCCGAUAUAUCGGAAUGGCAUCCGACAAUCAAAAACUGGCACAUUGAAAGCUACGGGAAGCCGGAAGAAUUCCAUCGGCCAAAGGUCCACCUUCGCUGCGCACCCGGACAGUCUAUAUCUGCUAUCAAAUUUGCGAGCUUUGGUACCCCCACGGGGACUUGUGGAAGCUUUAUGGAGGGUGCUUGCCACUCACCAAAUUCCCACACCAUCUUAGAAAAGAGGUGCAUUGGGCAGGAAAGGUGUGAAGUAGCUAUAACCCCAAACAAUUUUGGAGGGGAUCCCUGCCCCAAUGUGAUGAAGAAAAUUGCUGUUGAAGCAGUUUGCUCCCGAGCAACAUAACUAUUGCACUGAAGAUCCUUCACCAUGCCAUCAUAGAAGUUGUUCUUGAGAGGAAGAACAACUACAUUAAAAAAAAAAGUUUAGGAAAUUUAAGGUGUUACGGUGAAUAAUAUAUAUGUUAGUAAAUUUUCUUUGAUGUUAUGCUGUUGUUGGUUAUUCCAACUUCAGUUUGAUUCUCUGGUUUCUCUGCUCUAAGUGAGCAGUUGAUGAUCAGAAUGGGAAGAAGUAAGAAAAAGAGAAUGGUGCUUCUUACUUUUCUAGUUUUUAGUUGUAAUUCUUAUUGGUAUUCAGUGCACCUCUAAUCCUUUCUUUUAUUAUGAUCAGGAGGGGUGGUGAUUCUAUUGUUUGUAUGUAAUUGAAAUUUGAUACCAGAGUGAAGUUAUGUUAUUAAUA